GGAAGUCUGGCCCAUCCGAGCGGGCCUUGCCCAGCACAUCUGGAAGUGGUUUCAGGGACGGCCCCCCUCCGCCAGUGCAAGGCCUGCCCGGAUUCCCAGCUGCUUCCCCCAGGGGUGGAAGAAACCGGAGCUGCUCCAAAGUCAACGCAAGCAAAGGGGGAUGUGGGUGGGGGAGGAAUACUCGCUUGGAAACGUCAUAUUGGCCCUGGGCUCUCCAGCUCUUUGGAUUUUCCAAUGGGAUCUUAGAAGCAGCAACAGCAUCGUGAAGGGCAGCCGCCCGCGGCCAGCCACCAUUUGAACGCCCUGCUCUGCAGCUGUCCUGGAAGGAGGAGCCCAAAGCCUUGCCCUCACCGUUUUACCAGGUCACAGUUUUUUAUCCACGUGAACACAAAUGGCUUUGUUACGAAAAAUUAAUCAGGUGUUGCUGUUCCUUCUGAUCGUGACCCUCUGUGGGAUUCUGUAUAAGAAAGUACAUAAGGGGACUGUGCUCAAGAAUGAAGCAGAUGAUGACUCCGAGACUCCCGAGGAACUGGAAGAUGAGAUUCCUGUGGUGAUUUGUGCAGCAGCCGGCAGAAUGGGCGCCGCCAUGGCUGCCAUCAACAGCAUCUACAGCAACACUGACGCCAACAUUUUGUUCUACAUAGUUGGGCUCCGGAACACUGUAUCUCGAAUACGAAAAUGGAUCGAACAUUCUAAACUGAGAGAAAUAAAUUUUAAAGUUGUGGAAUUCAACCCUGUGGUCCUCAAAGGGAAGAUCAGACCAGACGCAUCGAGGCCCGAAUUGCUCCAGCCUCUGAACUUCGUUCGAUUUUAUCUCCCUCUGCUUAUCCACCAGCAUGAGAAAGUCAUCUAUUUGGAUGAUGAUGUAAUUGUACAAGGUGAUAUCCAAGAACUGUAUGAAACCACCUUGGCCCUGGGCCAUGCGGCUGCGUUUUCAGAUGACUGCGAUUUGCCCUUGUCUCAGGACACAAACAGGCUUGUGGGGCUGCAGAAUACAUACAUGGGUUAUCUGGACUACCGGAAAAAGACUAUCAAAGACCUCGGCAUAAGCCCCAGCACUUGCUCAUUCAAUCCUGGUGUGAUUGUUGCCAACAUCACGGAAUGGAAGCACCAGCGUAUCACCAAACAACUGGAGAAAUGGAUGCAAAAAAAUGUGGAGGAAAAUCUCUACAGCAGCUCCCUGGGAGGAGGUGUGGCCACCUCCCCAAUGCUGAUUGUGUUUCAUGGGAAAUACUCCACAAUCAAUCCCCUGUGGCACAUAAGGCACCUGGGCUGGAAUCCAGAUACCAGAUAUUCGGAGCAUUUUCUGCAAGAAGCAAAAUUACUGCACUGGAAUGGAAGACACAAACCUUGGGACUUCCCCAGUGUUCACAAUGACUUAUGGGAAAGCUGGUUUGUUCCUGACCCUGCAGGGAUCUUUAAACUCAAUCACAAUAGCUGAUACAACUUGACAUUUUAAAUAUUUUCUGUAUAAAAAUGUGGACUCGUCCAUUUGUAGCCUACUAUAACACCAUUCUUUAUGAACAGUAUCAUUGAUACAUAUGAUCCACAAUAUAAAAAACAAAAGUUACUGUGUGCAUAUGGUACCUUGGAUCACGCAGGUAUCGACUGACUGCCUUAAGCACAAUGGUAAUUAUGGAAAUCAGGAUUAUGUGAGUGAAAUACGUUGUUGGAAAGAACAAACCCAUCUGGGUUUCGGCAAUCCAUUUGCUUAACUCAAUGACAAUUAUAUCUAAAAACGUUUUAAAUAUCUAAAUGUAUUUUUCAUAUGUAGGUAUUUUUUAACAGGUUGACAAUCUUUUGUAUUACAUUUAAAACAUGUCUGAAAAAAUAAAAAUCAUAGAUUUUUAAUGAUUUUCAUUAUAUAUAUAUAUAUAUAUAUAUAUAUAUAUAUAUAUAUAUACAUUCUACAUGAUAAAUAUAAUAGAAGG